AGGAAAAUCCAUUAUCCAAUACUGCUCUCUGUAGCCUCGCCUCAAUAGGAAAGGCUCGUUCUUUUUGUUGCCCAUCCGCCUCAAGGUUCCAAUACGACACCGUCAGUGGAUUCUUCAUCGCCCCAGGGCCCAGGUUCUGUUGACCCUGAGAAUGGAGAUCGAUACGUUGCCCAUUAGUUCAGUCUCUAAAGAACACCAGAAGAUCUAUCAAGAGUGGUUCAAUCAUGCUGAUUCGGAUGGUGAUGGCCGACUUACAGGGAGUGAUGCCAUUACAUUUUUCUCCAUGUCGAAUUUGUCUCGCCAAGAUCUUAAGCAGGUUUGGGCUAUUUCAGAUUCAAAGCGACAAGGAUUUCUUGGUUUUAAAGAAUUUAUCACUGCUAUGCAGCUAAUUUCCUUGGUACAAUCUGGCCGCCCAAUUUCACAUGAUUUAUCAACUAGUGAUGUGGAUUUGGAAAAUCUUAAACCUCCCGAAAUGGAGGGUUUGGAUGUAUUACUGGCAAAAAAAAAGCAUAAACAUAAAGAGCAUGAUUUGAAUGGUAGUACUCCACUGCAGCCAUCAAGUUCAGCAAAUUGGUUUUCAUCAAAGUCAACAAAAAAGGUGCCUCUUUCUGCCGUGACAUCAAUAACUGAUGGGUUGAAGAGACUAUACAUUGAAAAGUUGAAGCCACUUGAAGUCACAUACCGUUUUAAUGAUUUUGUGUCUCCAUUACUGGGAAAUAGUGAUUUUGAUGCCAAACCAAUGGUUAUGCUUUUGGGUCAGUACUCAACAGGAAAAACAACAUUUAUCAAACAUUUGCUUAAGAGUAGUUAUCCUGGAGCUCAUAUUGGACCUGAGCCUACAACCGAUAGGUUUGUGGUUGUUAUGGCCGGACCUGAUGAGAGAAGUAUUCCUGGUAAUACUGUUGCUGUUCAAGCUGAUAUGCCCUUCAGCGGUCUCACAACUUUUGGCACAGCUUUUUUGUCAAAAUUUGAGUGUUCCCAAAUGCCUCAUCCUUUACUGGAACACAUUACAUUUGUGGAUACGCCUGGGGUGUUAUCAGGAGAGAAGCAGCGGACACAGCGAGCAUAUGAUUUUACUGGUGUGACCUCUUGGUUUGCUGCCAAGUGUGAUUUGAUACUCCUUCUUUUUGAUCCUCACAAACUUGAUAUAAGUGAUGAGUUCAGACGGGUGAUAUCGUCGUUGCGUGGGCAUGAUGACAAAAUUCGAGUGGUCCUGAAUAAGGCUGACCAAAUUGAUACUCAACAACUGAUGAGGGUUUAUGGAGCACUCAUGUGGUCACUCGGGAAGGUGUUGAAUACUCCGGAGGUUAUGCGAGUAUAUAUUGGCUCCUUCAACGACAAACCAGUAAACGAUGCUGUUAGUGGUCCAAUUGGCAGGGAUCUCUUUGAAAAAGAACAAGAGGACCUUCUUUCGGAUCUGAAAGAUAUACCAAAGAAAGCUUGCGAUCGAAGAAUAAAUGAAUUUGUAAAACGAGCCCGAGCCGCCAAGAUACACGCCUAUAUUAUCAGUCAUCUCAAGAAAGAGAUGCCUUCUAUGAUAGGCAAGGCCAAAACUCAGCAAAGGCUUGUUGAUAACUUGGAAGCUGAGUUUGGAAAGGUACAAAGGGAAUUCCAUCUGCCUCCUGGGGACUUCCCAAACGUUGAGCACUUCAAAGAGGCGUUGAGUGGAUUCAACAUUGACAAGUUUGAGAGAUUGAAACCAAAGAUGAUUCAAGCAGUUGAUGACAUGCUUGGCUAUGACAUUCCAAAACUCUUGAAGACUUUCAGAAAUCCCUAUGACUAAGUUUGGGAGCGACUCAAACUGAUUCAACAAACAAGAGAUUGAACAGAUUCCGACGUUGUAGGUUGUAGCAUAGACACAUGUAAUCUAAGUAUAUUAAGAAAUAUUAUUGUUCAUUCUUCUCUCUCUCUCUACUUCUUACGGGACUCUUAACAAAUGAGAAUGUUAAAGCUAAAAAAUUCAUUUUGAUCUUUUGUACAGUUAAUAAAGUAAUAUUUUGUUAGGU